CGCGCUGAACACGCCGCAUGUGAUUUCCAGCUUCAGUCAUGUUGGCAGCACGAUGCGCGGCGGAGACGGGAGCGGGGCUGUGAAACAGGACCCUCUGCCAGGGAUGUCGACGAGCCGGAUUCCCUGAAACCUCCGCCAACCCGGGAUACAGCCUUUAUACGGACUGAUAUGUGUUUUCCUGCGCGAGUGCGGGCUGCUUCUGCGUUUUUUUUUAUUUUAUUGUUUUCUCUUUUUUCCCUUCUCCUCCUCCUGCACGCAGUAUAUAGUGGACCUGGAUGCCGUGUGGGCGAUGCAGUCACAAGGGAUAUAUUGUGAUUUGGCGGAGAUGUGUUAACCAUCAUUGCAUUGAUUAAAAACAAGUAAAGGAGGUAACGAGGGAUCUAAUAAGAGAUCGCCACCUGUUACCAGAAAAUCAGACUUCACCUCUGUGGAAGAGCAGAGCGUUAUCUUAGCCCCAUCCUCCCUGAUACUGCAGCGCAGCCACAGUUCAGCGACCUUUAGAAGAAAUUCCAUCCUCCAAACGAUAACCUCAAUCUGCUCUCCAGCAUUGGCUCUACUGGGAAUAACGCUGCUUACACAUACACACAGCCAGCCAGCCAGGAGAAGCGACAGUGUUGCUCUCCCGCUGCCCAAAUCUGACAGCCAUGAUCCUGAGAGGCCCCCUGCUACAGCUUAGAUCAGGGAUCAGCUCGCUGCUCGAUGGCUAGACCUCAACACUCAAAGAGCUGGAGGCCUUUCUAAUGAGAAUCUCUCACUGCAUUGUAGCACAUGGAUUUCAAGACUUCAAAUGAAGAGACAAAGAUUGGGAUUUAUUUGAUGCAAGAAGGUAAUGAGGAGCCAUUUAAUAUUCGACUACACUUGGCCAAAGAUAUUCUGACCAUUCAAGAACAAGAUGUCAUCUGCAUUUCAGGAGAACCUUUUUAUUCAAGCGAGAGGACUGUAACAAUCAGACGGCAGACGAUUGGAGGGUUUGGUCUAAGCAUCAAGGGUGGAGCAGAGCACAAAAUCCCUGUUGUGAUAUCAAAAAUAUCAAAAGAACAAAAAGCUGAACUCUCUGGGCUGCUUUUCAUCGGAGACGGCAUCCUUCAGAUAAAUGGAAUAAAUGUCAGAAGCUAUCGCCACGAGGAAGUGGUGCAGGUUUUGAGAAACGCAGGUGAAGAGGUAACCCUAACAGUGUCAUUCCUGAAGAAGACUCCAGCCUUUUUGAAACUGCCGCUGUGUGAGGACUGCACAUGCAUUCCCAGUGACCAGAGUAGUGGGACUUCAUCUCCUUUGUGCGACAGCGGCCUGCACUUAAACUACCACCCCAACAACACGGACACGUUGUCCUGCUCGUCCUGGCCCACUUCUCCGGGGCUUCGGUGGGAGAAGAGAUGGGUGGACCUGCGCCUUAUUCCUCUGUUACACUCACGCUUGUCGCAGUACAUCCCCGGCUCUGAUGUUUGCAGGAAAAAUGCUUUCCAAGUCAUAGCUGUGGACGGAGUUUGCAGUGGAAUCGUACAGUUUCCCACUGCUGAAGACUGCUUGGACUGGCUUCAGGCAAUAGCAAGCAACAUUUCCAGUCUCACCAAGCAUAAUGUGAAGAAGAUUAACAGGAAUUUUCCAGUAAACCAGCAGAUUAUCUACAUGGGCUGGGUCGAUGAGAAGGAGCAGGACUCUGUUCAGGACAGGAUGUACUCGCCAAAGUUCCUCGCUCUGAGGGGUUCCUCACUCUUCAAGUUCACAGCUCCUCCCGUGACGACGUGGGACUGGACCAGAGCAGAGAAAAGCUUUACCGUGUAUGAAAUAAUGUGCAAAAUUUUAAAGGACAGUGACCUUUUGGACAAAAGGAGACACUGCUUCAGUGUUCAGACAGAGAGUGGGGAGGACAUGUUCUUCAGUGUAGAGCUGGAGUGUGAACUGCUGAUCUGGGAAAAGGCUUUUCAGAUGGCCACGUUUCUGGAGGUGGAGAGGAUACAGUGUAAAACAUAUGCUUGCAUAAUGGAGAGCCACCUCAUGGGACUUACAGUUGACUUCAGCAUGGGAUUUGUGUGCUUCGAUGCUGCUUCAAAGGCAGUACUGUGGAGAUACAAAUUCUCCCAGCUCAAAGGAUCAUCUGAUGACGGAAAGAGCAAGAUCAAAUUUUUAUUCCAAAAUGCAGAAUCCAAGUCUAUUGAAGCAAAAGAGCUGGAGUUCUCAAACCUCUUUGCUGUUCUUCACUGUAUUCACGCUUUCUUUGCUGCCAAAGUUGCUUGUCUGGAUCCGGUGUUUGUGGAGAGCCAGGGCAGCGCUACAACUGCUGGGAUUCCUUCUCUGUCCAGCCUCUCUUGCAACUCACAGACUCCAAAACUGAAAUACACCACUUGACAGGUGCUGCUGUCUCUGGACCUCUUUUAAUAGACCAGAAUCGCCUCAGAUAACGGACAGCUGAACGUGGAUCAAGGCUAUAAGUGUGUUGCGGAUAGCUGAACGCUUUAGUAGAAUAAAAGACCUCCUUGUGAGUAUUACACUUGAUAUCUCUGAAGACUUCAGGAAUUACUUUGGACCUGACUUUGAACCUCUUCUUUGAAAACCUCCUGCGAGCGACUCGAUGGACAUGAAAUGGGUUUUUGUCUUUCUUUCAAGCCUCAGACAACCACAUGAUUAUCACAUCAAAUAGAAAUUGCUGGUAAUUUCCCUCAGUAGUUUGUCUUUUUUCUGUGAAACCUUACUGAAAAUCUUGGGCUAGAUGCAUAAAGAUGUGCACACUCAUGGCUGUAUGGGUUUGUAAAAGCGUAAAAGCAUAUGAAUUACUUUUUCUAGAUUACCAAAUCCUUCAUUUGCAUGCAAGCUAAGUAUGAAUUUACUUAAGAUUAUUAAUUAGCAUGGGAUUUUCUUAACAUCACAAACUGACUCCUUUCUUUUUUUUUUUAUCUGGGGAUAAUAAAGUGGGAUUUUCUCUUGGGAUAACAGCCUUAUCUUAGUCUGCAAGCUAAUUUGGAUGUGAUUUUUUUUUCAAGGUGACAAGUUGAAUAUUUGUUUGUCUUAUGAAAACCAAGCCAUUUUUAUGUCUUUGUCCCUCAAAAACAACAUGCAUUUCCUUGAAAUAAUGGAUUUACUUGCUUUUAUUAUUAAUUUAAAUGUGAGUUUCUGUAGAUUACAGGCUGAAUAUUAAUUAAUCUUGAGCUACUCAAUCAAAUGGUUAUUUUUAGUACUCCUAGUUUCAUUGUUCACUGUCACUGUCAUGACACUUCAGUUUGGUACCACACUAGUUCAAUGAUCUUUAAUGGGGCAUUUUCACAUUUAGAAAUUUGUCCAUAUUAUGUUCUUUAUUUGCUUUUAUUUUAUGAUUGCAAAUUUAUUUCAAGUUAUCUCAAGAAAAUAAAUCUUUUUAUGUCAAAACAACUUAAUGUACUGAACAUAACAGCAUUGUUAAAUUCAUAUGAUGACAUAAAAUGUUAUUUUCAAAUAUUGGGGCAAAUAACACAUUAUAACUAGAUAAUCUUUUCUGAGUGGGACUUUUCUCAGUUUCAUUGCAAAAAUCUCAAUAAUUAUGAAAGAACUCAUUUUUGUACUUUGAAUAUUGGAAGCCUUAGGAUAUAUAUAUAAACUACUAUGGUAGUUUAGUAUAGUAUUCAGAUAGUCAGUUCUCAUUUAUGUUCCAGUAAAACCUUUUACAAUCAUGAUAAAUUAUCUCCACUUUUUUUUCUUUUUUGCUUUUCCUAUUGGACUGAAAUCACUUGCUAAAUACAUGGUCUGAAAAAUGGGGUUCAAUAUUCUCAUAGCAUAAGUAGUUGAAGGUAUAUGUAUGGUUUUUUUGCAUGUGGGUGUGUGUGGGUGUGCACAUGCAUGUGUGUGUGUACACAUGAUUUAUGCAUCUAGCCUCUGGAGUUAACAAUAUGAUAAAGCACUUUUUUCUGACACAUGUAAACUUAUUCAAAGAAAAUAAAAGAAGCCUUGACUGGAUUAUAGGAAGAGUUUACACUCAUUUUAAGUGUUUUUGUGUUUUUAAACGGAAAAUGUAACUGAAGAGUCAUUUAAAGCCAGAUUUAUUUACCUCAGUUUAGAGUCCACCUAUAACUAAAAAGCAACAUUGCUGGUGAGAGAAAUGUAUGUUUUAGGUUGUUUCUUGUGUUGUCCUUGCCUGACACUCAGCAUUGUGAAGUACAAACACAUCUACCGAUCUGCGUAUCGGUGUAUAAAUGUGUGAGCGUUUGUGAGAGCGAAUGGGUGAAUGUGACUCUAGUGUAAAGCGCUUUAAGUGGUCAAAAUGAUUGAAAAAGCGCUUUGUAAGUACAGUCCAUUUCCCAUUUUACCAUUUACAUUUGUUUUUGGGCCACUGAACAGGUUGGCUGAAAGUCUAUUGCUGUUUAUUUUGUUAGUGGAUAAAGAAGAUGACUUUGAACAUCAGGUUCAUCAUCAAACAGCCUCAAUUGGACAAACAAACAGCAACAAAAAAAACAAUUUCUGUUUAUAAUAUCUCUUCUCAAAACAAUUAUGUAAAUAAACACUGAUAUUUGAAUAAACUUGGAUAACUAUAAGCAUAACCUUAAGGACUAUCACUACUACUUGGCAUUAAGGUAUUGAAUAUUUGUUGCGUGCCAGAGGUAAAAAGCUCAGACACUGAUUCUCUCUUUGUCAUUUACUCUUUGAACCAGUUACAAGUAUAAAAUCAGCCAUGGUGUAUUUUUUAUCGUUGCUUGAGAUUACCCUGUAAAUAUUACAUUAAUGAAAAAUGGUCAGGGGGAAAACAGAAAUAUCCAAUAUACUAGCUUAAAAUGCUUUCAGUUACCCCUUUAACCUGUAUCUGUUUCAAACUGUUUGUAAAUGCUGCAGAGUGGCAGCUAAACUAUCAUAAUCACAAAGAGUUCAGGUCAAUUAAAGUAAUUAUUCACACUUUUACCUCCUAUUUAUAGAGGAGGAGGCCCCUGGGUAAGAGAAACUCUGGAGGAUAGCAAAUUAAAAGGGGUCAAAGUGUUUUCGUGCUGUGAAGCCUUGUUAAGGCGUCUGAUGGAAAGCGACGGUGGUGCAGUCUAUGCAAAGAAAGUCUGUGUGAUGCUUUUGUGCUUUAAAAACAAUCUUGAUAAGAAAUAACCGCGCCACACAGGAUCCUAGAGGGUAACGUUGACUUUAUUUUUUUUUUCUUUUGCAGAUGUUUUAAUAAAAGAUAUGCAGUGAAAUAAAUCAAUAAAUGAGAACUUUUGUAUCACGGCUCAGUCAUGAGUGAAUUUACUUUGCUCAAUUACACAUGGCAAAAAUAUUUAUGUUGUUUAAACUUUUUCCACACCUUUGUGAACCUUUUCCACACUUUUUCACAUAAACACAAAUUUUAAUGUGCUUUGUUGGAAUUCAAGUGCAUAAGUAUGAAGAGAAAAUAUCCCUUCAUGCUAUGAUACCAUGGAUAAAAUCAAGUGCAUUCAGUGAGCUUCAGAAGUAGAAAGGAUGUGCUCUGGUCUGAUCAACGUUUUUGGACUACAGUCCCUACAAUGUAACACGGUAGUGGCUACAUCAUGCUGUGGUGGUGAUUCUUUUCUUCAGCAGGGUGAGGAAAGCUGGUCAAAGAUGAUGGGGAGACUGAAGGAGCUGAAUACAGGAUAUGUGAAGGAAACCUGAGAGAUGCUGCAGAAGACUUGAUGUUCACCUUCCUGCAUGACAGCAAAUCUAAAAAAAACACCCAGAGCUAAAAUUGAUCUACAAAAUAUUUACCGGUACAAAAACAAAUAACCAACUUUCCAAAUUUUAUUGUAAAACAAAUAUUAACCACCAUUACCUUCUUCUAAUUAUGCAUUGCUUUCUGUUGGUUUGCCACAAAAAAUGUCAACAAUACCAACAACAACAAAACCAAUUUAAAUGCAUUGAAGUUUGUAGUUGUAAUGUGGCAAAAUCCAAAAAAAAAGAAAAAAAAAAGAAAAAAGGUUUAAGCUGUAAAUACUUUUGCCAAGUACUGUAAAAGCACUUUUCAGUUUCUAUUAAGAUGUUGUACUAAAUUAAAUAUGCACACUUCCAUUAUGGCAUCCUUUAAAAAAAAUAAAAUAAAAAAAUAAUUCAUCCUUUAAAACAAACUCCCACAGUCUCUCCGAGCUUUUUCUGAGAAGUAUUCUCGAGGACCUUGUCUGGGUUUCUCCAAGCCUGACCUCAACACAUAAAAAUUUUAAAAGCACCUAAGGAAAGAUGCUGUUUGCAACUGACAACCAGGAAAUCUCUGCUUCCUUUUUCUUCAUCUGCCUUUAGUCAGUCACCCAAGCUCAAUUCUCCCAUACAUUUAAUAUUCAGCAAAUCCCCAGUCUGAGGCAGCAGUUUUUCAUGUUUGAGCACAUAAAAAGCACUAUUUUGACAAAUGUUUGUCUGAUCUGCUUCACUUUUUUGGCAGGUGCAUUUCUAAAGACUUUAAAGGAUCAGUGUCGAGUUUGGGGCUCUUUGGAUGAGCAGUCCUCUUAUUUGCAGGCCUUUCACAAAAGUAUCCCCACCAGGCAAUAUACGCAAGCACUGGAAAAUGCUUUUGUAUAUACUCUGCAAGCAAUCAGGCUCUAGAAACAAAAUUUGCCAGGAUCUUCUUUUGAUUCUAAUCCAGCUCACUAACAAGUCUGAAGAAAUUCAAAUCCCAUGGAACAUCACAUUAAGAGCGUAAGCCAUUACAAUGACUGGAAGACAAGCAUUGUGAUUGUGACCUUUAUUUUUGUGCCACGCAGUUACAAUGAAACAACACAUUUUCAAAAUGAACUGCACACACUGAGAACAAUCAAACCCAUCGCCCCCAACAAAGAUAAGCUGGACUGAUUUGGCCAAAAAGAA